AUGGAAUUGAGUGGUACCCCCUCCGGUUCCCAGAUCCCACAGAACCAAACCACUACUGCUUCUAUCCCAGUUACUAUGGCCGGGACCCUCCUUAGGGGCCCCCAGCUGCUUCUCCGUGCUGCAGAAAAAUAUCCCCGCACCCCAAAGUGCGCCCGCUGCCGGAAUCACGGAGUGGUGUCGGCGCUGAAAGGCCACAAGCGGUACUGCAGAUGGAAGGACUGUCUGUGCGCUAAGUGCACGCUGAUCGCGGAGCGCCAACGGGUCAUGGCUGCGCAAGUGGCGCUCCGCAGGCAACAAGCGCAAGAGGAGAACGAAGCUCGAGAGUUACAGCUGCUCUACGGUACUGCUGAGGGGUUGGCACUGGCUGCAGCCAACGGCAUCAUCCCACCCCGGCCUGCCUAUGAGGUGUUUGGCUCUGUGUGUACUGAAGGAGGCUCAGAAUCCAAGAUCCAGAAGUUUGACCUAUUUCCCAAGAACCUGAUAACCAGAUCGGUCACCCCCCAUCAGCUAGCCCCCGGGAGCAAGACGGUGACCCCAGACAUUGAAUCAGUUACUGGCAGCACUCAAGGUGCCUCUUCUCCAGAAGUGAGGCCCGGCUCGGGUUCCGAAAAUGGUGAUGGGGAGUCCUUCAUCAGCUCCCCAGUGUCCAAAGCCUUGAAGGAAGGUGAGGAAAGCCCAAGUUCCAUCAGCCCUUUAGGGUCAGAAUCUGGGUCAGAUGCAGAGAAAGACGAGCAAGACCCCAGUUCAUCCUCAUCAACCAGACAGAGGACCCCAAUAGAUAUCCUGACACGAGUGUUCCCCACACAGAAGAGGAGUGUCCUGGAACUGGUCCUACAGGGUUGUGGAGGGGAUGUUGUACAGGCUAUUGAGCAGAUACUAAACAACAAAGGCCAGGAAAAGGGUGAUGAGGCUUGGUCCAGGGAAGGAGCACUUCAGAAUAUUCAACCCUCAGUUUCCAGCACCCACAGACCCCUCAUAGCUGGAGCUCUCACCCCGGCAAUCGGAACAAUAGGAAGUAGGUCUGCCUUCUCACCCCUGCAGCCCAAUGCCACCCAUUUCAGCACAGACACCAACGCUUACCAGUUAGGCAGCCACCUGGGACUAAACCCUUUGAGAUUGGCUUAUUCUGCACAUAGCAGAGGACUUGCCUUCAUGACACCUUAUUCCACUGCUGGAUUCAUGCCCACCCUUGGCUUCCGCCCGCCUAUGGACUAUGCCUUCAGUGAUCUUAUGAGAGACAGGGCAAGUGUUCAUAAAGACCAGGUGUACUCUAAUGGACUAUAUGGAUCAGUGGUGAAUAAUACCACAGAGAAACAGUGA